AUGGCGUCGGAGCGGUCGCGGGGCAAUCCCAGGCUCGUGUCAGUCGGGCGGAACCCAUACCGCGUCGUCGUGACGGAAAACUGGAUAGAGGCAUCAGAGUGGGCACGAGAACUCGUCCCUUUCGGGGGAUCGAACCAGGGCCGUGGGCGUUUCCUUCAACCAGCAAUCUGUAAUCACUAGCUGCGGGUCCGUCAUCUACUGGAUGCACUCCAUCCACCUCGCCUACUCCUCGCGGGCCCUGGUCUACCGCCCAGCGGCCUCCGAGGAAGGUAUCAUCUUGCCCGAUGGCCUCCUUCUCAUCUUCUGCAACCCCUCCUAUUUCUUCAUUGGGGACCACAUCCGCCAAGCCAUGGAGCUCCUAGGGGUGCAAAACAAUCUCCCGCUCGCGCCGACGAUAGAGCUGCGCCGCGCCCCCGGUAUCUUCGGCAUACCCCUACAGGACCUCCUAACCACCCGGCUUCCGCUGCACGUAGCCGCAGCCGCUGCACUUCUUGAGGACAUGAACGUGAGUCUUCUGAGGACCCCGACCCGGUUUCGCCGUUCCCGCUGGAACUGGCCGCUGAACGACGACCAAGUGGAGGAAGCUGUCCAGGCCGCCGCCAUCCCCGAGAUGAUCGGAAAGCUUAUCAUCGCGCGGGACAGCGAGUGGUAG